CUGUCUUCCACGUCCAUUGUUGAAGCUUCCAAUUUCUUUUAAGGUAUAAAAGGGGAGAAGAAAUUCUGAACAAGGAGAAUAUUCUGAAUCUAACAUUCAUCAUCUGAAUCCUUCUCCCCUCCAAUACUAAUUCAUGGCAAUUUCUGCAAAUCUUUCCAAUUAUGGUACCCUUCCAACUUCUACCCCACCAGCAUCACCACAAACCACCCCUCAUUCCGCCAGAAAACCACCUCGUCCACCGUUACCACGACCACCACAACCACAGCCGCCGCGGCCAUCGACGGUCACCAGAUCCGACAUGGCUACACGCCGUUCAUGGCGUGUGUUCUUUGACUACACCAUUAUCUCUCUUCCUUAUAACUAUUCUGAAGCGAUUACCCGGGUGAGGAGGAACCUUAAUUAUUUCCGUGUCAAUUACGUUAUGGUAAUCCUUGUUAUUCUAUUCCUCAGCCUUGUUUACCACCCUAUCUCUAUGAUUGUCUUUUUGGCUAUUUCUGUAGCUUGGUUGUACUAUUUCCGUGAAGAAGCGAUUGUAAUUUCGGGAACCCAAUUGGAUGAUCGGCUUGUUUUGGUUGGGUUAGGAUUGGUUACUGUUGUUGCCUUGGCGCUUACUCAUGUGGGUCUCAAUGUUUUGGUUGCUUUGAUUAUUGGGUUUUUCGUUUUGGGAAUUCAUGGGGCGUUAAGGGGAACUGAGGAUUUGUUUUUGGAUGAGAAUGAGGCUGCCGAAGGUGGGUUGCUUUCGGUUGUCAGUGAGGAACAAAUCAGGCCUAGUUAUAGGUAGUGGAUUUUGAUUUGUUGCAGUUUCAAAUUAUAUGGGAAAUUUGAAAGAACAGAUUUUGUUAAUUGUUCUUGGAUUACAUUGGGCGAAAUGUGGGUACUGGAGAUCUUUUGUUGAUAAUUUGGCUUAUUUCUGGUGCUGAGUUUGGGUGAAGUAGUGGUUGGAAAGUGUAAUGUGUGAAGGAACAUUUCUAAUUUUAGAGCAGAUUUGUUGCUUGGAGGUGUCUGUCUGCCUAAAGAUCGUUAAAGGUUGCCAGUAUUUUGUUCGACUGCAGAUAGCAGAGGAAUAUUCACAUUGUCAUAACAAUCAACAAUCUGCUACUUGACAUUAAGGUAACCUUGUUCAAAUCCUGCUCCGUUUGUGUCAAGCUUCUGGAAAGUGUUAGUGUCCAAGUGAAAUAUAAUCCCCCUGACAUUACGUUGCUGUAUUCCAAGACUAUUUUAACUGUCGUUAUAGCUCCUGUGGCUGUAUUUUUACAUUUAAUAUUUACCUGCAUAAAUGUUUUCACUUGUUGCAAUAAUAAUCUUUUGUAUUGAAUAGUUACGAAUAGUUGUGCUA